UCGUGUCCGCGUCUCAGUCGGCGGCCGUGCCUUCUGUAUCCGCGCGUGCCGUCGUAUCCGUCAAAAUCUUCCGCAUCGCGAUUUCGAGACGAGACAUCGAGAGGAAAAAUCGCGUAACGAAUCGACAUCUUGAACAGAAUUAGGAAGAAAAACGUUUCCCUUCGAAUUUCGUCUCUUUUUCUUUCUUAAAAAUUUCAUCGCGGAAAGUUUGAUUCAUUCGCGCGCAGAAUUGGAAACGCGUCAGGAUGCGAAUCCUGACCGUGUUGAUCCUCGGGCUACUCAUUGUCUGUGUUGUCGACGGUAGCGUCGUACCAGACGAAGCCUUAACUGCAAGCCUGCAAAAUGUAUGGAACGAAAAUGAAUUUAUUAUUGCUUUGUCCAAUAUUAAAAUCAGGAAGAAAUCCGGCACGAGCAAUUCGAUCGAGACUCUAUUGGCCGUAAAGUAUAAACAGAAAACCAAAAUGGUGCUCAUACUCGAUCGACGCACAAAGCGCGUUAUACUCGAGAGCCUCGACGAGGGCGGCCGACGAAGCGCUGCGCACGUCAACGUAGAUUCUCUCUCGGUGAAUACGCCUCUGAAGAGCUUGAUUAUCCUGGUGCACCAAAGUGGUGCACCAACGCGAAUUAACUCCCGCGUGGACGUAUAUGUCGAUUGCAUCUACGAGGGCUCCAUACCGCUCAAGAAACCUUUCCGCGACAUAGCCGAGACCGAAGACCCGUCCAUAGAAGUGUUCAGAGAACGAAAAUGCCGGGCGAAAGUGUAUCAAUCCAACAUUAAUGACGCGUUGAAAAAGGAAAAGUGUCCCAAAAAUCUAAUCGAUAUUAAGCAGUCUUCGAUAUUCGAGAAUACAAAACAACCAGAUCAUACGAAAAUUAAUUCUACCGAUUCCAAGGGAUAUGAUCAAAAAAAGAAACCUACCGAUCGACCUGACGGGACCGAUGAUGAUCACGGAAUCAAGAACGGAUCGGCCACGUCGGAUCAGAGUAACAAUUCUACACCGUCCACUGGUCAAAACGACACAAAACGUCCCAGACACCGUACGAAUAAGAAAUCUCCCAGUAAAAAAGAUCAAUAUACUCAUUCGAGCGAUCGAGAGAUCGCACACAAGAAGACUCCGCGACGCCCAGGAAGCAAUAAUAAACCUGAUAAAUAUGAUCUGGACGGUUCUUUUGAUCCUUUCUCAUCGGGUGAGAUAGAUAAUCUUGAUCCAGGAUCUCUUUCUUCGCCGUUUACUUUGCAGCCGUCCACUACGGGAAAUUAUCCCACUAAACAAUUGAAGAAACCGUAUCAAUUAGAAACGGAAUCCAAUGGAUCGGAUCAAUAUGGCUCAAAGAAACCUGGACGAUCGGACGAGACCGACGGUUUUGACUAUCCAGAUGAGUCAUCAUUAACUUCGCCGUAUACUAAAGGUACUCAACAUCCCGACAAAUUGCAUCAAACAGAUUCGAGACCCGAUAGAUCCGAUGGAUUGGAUUCAUAUGAGUUUAACAAGAAUCUUUUUCCAACGUCCGAUAAAUCUGACGGUUUUGUAUCUCGUGAUAAACUUAAGCGACCUGGUCGAAGUACAAGUCGUCCAGGAGUAUCCGAUGGAUUCGAUUAUCCGGACUCGGACGUGUCAUUAACUACUAAAAGAGUGCCCAGAAGAGGUGAUAUUGGAAUCCAGAGUCUGGAUGAAAGAAUCUGCCAGACCGACGAUCAAAUUGUGAAAACCUUGAACGAAUUAAUCAACGCCACCAGGAAACUCUGGAGGGAACUGGAAUUAAAUAGGCAGGAAACUCAACAUCUUCGUCAAUUGAUCGAAAACUGCUCGGCGUGUCGUACACCCAUCGUGACACCACCGCCGCUGCUCUCGUGCGACCCUUCACCGUGCUACCCCGGCGUCGAAUGCCGCCUCACACCAAGAGGACCUCAAUGCGGCCCCUGUAUCCGCGGUUAUACCGGAAACGGACGGGUCUGCUCCAAAAUCAACGUCAUCACCUGCACCAACCGGCCGUGCUUCCAGGGAGUGCGUUGCUACGAAGUCAGCGAUGGUUACAAAUGCGGUAGAUGUCCUAGCGGAUACACCGGCGAUGGUGAAAGAUGCGAUAGGCAUAGAAAUGCUUGUGAAAGUCACCCCUGCCAUCCGGAAGUCAAGUGCUAUCCGACUUACAAUCCGCCGUACUUCAAAUGCGGUCCAUGUCCAUUGGGAUAUGUGGGUAACGGUACAGUAUGCCUCGAUGCGAACGAAUGCGAGCUGGCUCGACCCUGUCAUCCCGGAGUACGGUGCAUCAAUCUCCAUCCCGGAUACAGAUGCGACAGGUGUCCGACAGGUUACACCGGACCAAUGACGGAAGGUGUCGGUGUCGAGAUGGCCAGGACGCGAAAACAGAUUUGUCAGGAUAUAAAUGAGUGUGACAUCAACAACGGUGGAUGCCAUCCUAAUUCAGAGUGUAUCAAUACGGAAGGAUCCUAUAGAUGUGGUUUCUGUAAAGCCGGCUACAUCGGUAAUCAAACAGUGGGAUGUCAUCUUCAACAAGAUCUCUGUCCGGAUAUGGUAACAGUCUGUGACGUCAAUGCCAAUUGUAUUGCCAUGUAUAUCAAUGAAUAUUCAUGCAAGUGUCGCGUCGGUUGGGCCGGAAAUGGAUUCGUCUGCGGUCCUGACAACGAUAGCGACGGUAUCCCCGAUAGGGGUCUGCAUUGUCAUGACCGACGCUGUCAUUCCGACAAUUGUCCGACGAUACCGAACAGCGGGCAAGAGGACACCGACGAGGACGGGAUCGGUGAUGCUUGCGACAGUGAUGCCGAUAAUGACGGCGUAUUGAAUUCACCCGACAAUUGUAUGUAUCAUUAUAAUCCGAAUCAGCUGGACAUGGAUAAUGACAAGAUCGGCGACGAAUGCGAUAAUUGCCCGAGGGAUUUGAAUCCGAAACAGGAAGAUUUAGACGACGAUGGCAUAGGCGAUGUGUGCGAUAGUGAUAUGGACAAUGACAAUGUCCAAAAUGCUCAGGACAAUUGCAUUAUGGUGAGGAAUCCUGAUCAGCGUGACACCGACAUGGACGGCAUCGGCGAUGUCUGCGACAAUUGUCCAACGAUCAGUAAUCCCGAUCAGACGGAUGUUGAUGACGAUGGCGUCGGGGACGUCUGCGACACGGAUGCGGACCGCGACAGGGACGGUGUUCAGGACGACAGGGACAAUUGUCCCGAUUUGGCGAAUCCUGGGCAGAACGACAUCGAUCACGAUAACAUCGGCAACGAGUGCGAUGAUGACAUCGAUGGUGAUAAUGUAAUCAAUACGAUCGAUAACUGUCCUUAUGUGUACAAUCCGGACCAGCAUGACAUUAAUCAUGACGGUAUCGGCGAUGCAUGCUGGAAUGAUAAUGACAAUGACACGGUUAUCAAUACCAAGGAUAAUUGUCCCAAUAAUAGUUUAAUAUGGGCGACAGACUUCCGAAAAUAUACGACCAUCAAUCUGGAUCCGUACGGUGAAUCGCAAAAGGAUCCUGUAUGGAAAAUUCUUCAUGAUGGGGCUGAGAUUUCGCAGCUUCUUAACAGCGAUCCUGGAAUCGCUAUAGGGCCGGAUGAAUUCACUGGCGUCGAUUUCGAAGGGACCUUUUACAUCGAUGAUCAGGACGACGAUGACGAUUUCGUGGGCUUUGUUUUUUCUUAUCAGGAUUCUCGACAUUUUUACGCUGUUACUUGGAAGAUGAACGAGCAGGUUUACUGGAUACCAACUCCAUUCCGCGCCGAAGCCGAUCCCGGGAUUGUAUUGAAACUCGUCCAGUCGGAAACGGGACCGGGCGAAAUACUCAGAAAUAGUCUUUGGCAUAAGUAUGACACUCCCAAUCAGGUGAAGAUUAUCUGGACAGAUCCAAAGAAAAUGGGCUGGCAGCAAAGGGUGUCAUACAGAUGGCAUUUGAUACACAGGCCACAGAUCGGUCUGAUCAGAUUCUGGCUGUAUCAGGGGACGUUACUGAUAACCGAUUCCGGAAACCUGUUCGAUUCGACUUUACAGGGCGGCAAAAUAGGUGUCUACUGCUUCUCGCAAAUGAAUAUCAUCUGGUCCGAUUUAAUGUAUAAGUGUGCAGAAACCGUGCCUCGAUACAUAUGGGACCAAUUACCUGAUAAUCUAAAGAAAGAAAUUCAAGUGAAGGUUGAAACAGGUCAUCAACAACAAAUAGUACAACGAAUGAAUUACGAUUUCUAAAUCAGAUUCUCGGUGAAGAGAACGAGUCAAUAAAGAGUGCAGGGAUUACAAGGAAGUUUAAAUCUUCGUAAUUUUAAUUUUAAAAUAAUCACGAAAUUAUAUCUAGGCGAGUUAUAAUCAAUCAAAUUGCAUAUUUUUGACGCGUUUAAAUAAUGGUUUGCAUAAACUUGCAAUUCUUGAUGAGAAAUUUUGUACAUUUCUUAGAUAUAUAUCUUGUAACACAGAAAUAUUUAAUAUUCCAGAA